CAACAAGCCAAACCCCAACCAGAUCAAUGUAAAUAAUGUCAAGCCAGGAGUGGUGAAUGGUACUGGAGUACAGGCACAGAACGCGGGAGCAGGACGGGCCUGUGAGAGCUGUUACACCACACAGUCUUACCAGUGGUAUUCUUGGGGUCCCCCUAACAUGCAGUGUCGCCUCUGUGCAUCCUGUUGGACCUACUGGAAGAAAUACGGUGGCUUGAAAAUGCCCACACGGUUAGAUGGGGAGAGACCAGGACCAAACCGCAAUAAUUUGAGUCCUCAUGGCGUGCCAGUACGAAACAGUGGGAGUCCCAAGUUUGCAAUGAAGACACGACAGGCUUUUUAUCUGCAUACAACCAAACUGACAAGAAUUGCCAGACGUUUAUGUCGAGAUAUCUUGCGCCCUUGGCACGCUGCAAGACAUCCCUAUCUGCCUAUUAACAGCGCAGCAAUCAAAGCCGAAUGCACAGCACGUUUACCCGAGGCAUCAGAAAACCCAUUGCUAUUAAAGCAAGUGGUUCGAAAGCCUUUAGAAGCAGUACUCCGGUAUUUAGAGUCUCAUCCGUGCCCUCCGAAACCAGAUCCUGCAAAGAGCUUGUCCAGUUCUCUCAACAAUCUGACUCCUGCUAAGUUUACGCCUGUCAUUAAUAAUGGGUCCCCAACUAUCCUGGGAAAAAGAAGUUAUGAACAACACAACGGAAUGGACGGCAACAUGAAGAAGCGCCUGUUGAUGCCUAGCAGGGGUCUGCCUAACCACGGACAAACCAGACAAAUGGGACCAAGCCGAAACUUGCUGCUCAAUGGGAAAUCAUACCCAACAAAAGUCCGAUUAAUUCGUGGUGGAUCCAUGCCUCCAGUGAAAAGGAGGAGGAUGAACUGGAUUGAUGCCCCGGACGAUGUUUUUUACAUGGCCACUGAAGAAACCAGGAAAAUCCGCAAGCUGCUUUCCUCCUCCGAAGCCAAGCGAGCCGCCAGACGCCCUUACAAGCCUAUUAUCCUCCGGCCCAUCCAGGCAGUGCAGCUACGCCAGCCCAUGAAUGAUGAACCCAUAAUCAUCGAGGAUUAACGCGUGCCGAGCAGCGCUCCGGAUGACGGUGGAUCUGCCUGAAAGAAUCUCUGCUCCAAUAUAUACUUGAGUUUCUAUGGCUACAGCGUUGAACUAACUGUUGACGAGAGGCGACUUUUGAGGAACUGUUUUGCAUAUUUUAAACCCUUAAAAGGAACUCAGCCCUGCUCUGAGCCUCUGACCACAGACUGCUCUCUCGCGCGCGCUCUCCUUCUCUCUCCUUUCUUUUUUUCCCUUUUUUUUCCUUUUUUUUUUAAUUUUUGGUAGCCUCCUUUCCCCUUUGCUUCUACCCCUUUUGUAGGCAGGGGGAGGGAAAGUAAGUUUAACUUAUUAAGAGAAUGUGGACUAGUACUUUUUAGCUCUGUUUCCUUUUCCGAUGUACGAAGAGCUAGAACCCUUCAUUUUGUGACUGAGCUCUCGUUGCAGCGCUGGUUUUUGAGGCUGUGUUGUAAGAUUUUUCUCUUUCUCUUUUUUUUUUUUUAAUUUUGUGGACGGUGCCAUUUUUUUAUUUCAUUUAUAUUGUUUCUUUUGUAGAUAAAUUUCCAACCUUUAACUGAUAUUUGGGAAUAGGAGCUGAAAGCCAGCCCCAGGUUCAGCCAGUUUUCUUUGGUCCUGUCCCUUAUGUUUUUCGGAUCAUUUUGCACGGCCAGUUGUGCUCAUGCACAAGACAGAAACAACUCAGGCUGAGAAAGGAGUGAGCUAAGAACUGAAGAACCUUGCAGAACAUUACACUAGCGUGGUGUGCAGUGCAGGCCAGGCUACCAGAAUUAGGUGUCCUUGCUCUAGGCGAUCCCUGGGAGGUCUGGCCCGUGGCAUUUCUCCCAGUAACCACCAGUUUGCGUGCUGCCUUCUCUCUGACAUCUGGAAUAUCCUACGUGCUGUUGUACCACCGAGCCGCAGCAGUAGGCCCAGCAGUCCAGCAAGUGUAAUGAAUUGCUUUGCUCUGGCUCCAAGAGUCAAGUACACCAAUGCCCAGGGACAUUUUGCUUAGAACUCUGAACCUGUUUGUGCAUCAGUGUUUUUGGACACAUCUCUCCCAGGACGAGGCCUGGUUUCUCUUUAAUUGCGUUACUGUAUGUUUCCCACUUGGAAGGGAAUUGAACUUACAGCUGGGUUUUCGUUUGAACACAUUGUGUCUGAAAUUCAGUGGGGUUUUUUUCUCCCCCCCCCCCAAUUUCUUGGUUUUGAGGUUUCUUGCAUCUCUUGAACUUCUUACGUAUUUGCAAGUCUGUAUGAUUUCUUUCUCAUCUGUCCCCUCACGGCAGCGCAUUUGCCGGAUGCCCUGCUCUGUUUUGGAAGGAUGUAAAACUGCCAUUCGCAACUUGUGCUGAUCUGUACAUGUACCUGCCUCAAGCAGACACAGCAUGUAAUAACCCCAGCCAUUCCAUACGUGUCAGCGGUGAGACGAGCCAAAGUUGUAUUUGGGUUAUCACAGUCCAACCGUGAUUCUGUGCGACCCGCCGGGUUAGCCGGAAAGGAAUCCCCACAAAAUGAAAACAAUUCAGUUAACUUUACUUAAUAAACCUGGAAAGUGAGCUUUUGUGAAA